AUAAAGCAUGUAGUAAAGCAAAUCAAAGAUGAGGUGAUCCAAACUUAAAAGCGCACUUUCAUCAAAGACAAGGACCUAAAAGGCUUCAAACAACCAUUCUUCCAUACCGAUUCUUUGGUGCCAUGGCAGUGUACAGACAAACGAUAUACAGUGUGAGCAACAUAACUAGCAAGUUGCCUGAACAAAUGGGUACAGGUGCUCCAGUUGAAGUUGGCACAAGGGGGACGGUAGGAUCACUUCUCAAGAAGGAGAUUGAGUAUUUCCGAAGACUGGAAGUAGACUGCUGUGGAAGCUCUGUACAACCUCAGAGACAUGUCCAGGACUUCACAUCCACUGGAAUUAAAUCCUGGCCUAGUUUCAGGUUCUUGAAUUUGACAUGGAGGAGGAAGAAAAGAAGAGGAGGUACAGGUUCUGGUGUGCGACCAGGCAUGUGCUCAAUGGUGGAAGUAUCCGACAGCCAUCGAUUGGGUGAAUUUCCUCGGUUCAGUUAUAGAAAUCUCAGAGCUGAUAUGAAGGAGUUUGAGGUCUAGUACCAUUAUGGAGCAUUAGUUUGAUGCUUCAUAAGGUUGUUAGGCAGGAGAAAGUUUUCAGAUAACAUUCUAUCUUUCUCAUGGACUUCCUAUCUUAUGGGACCUGAUUUUCCAUGUUUAUUUAGCAUCAAAAUUAAAUGAUACACGUCAAAAAGUUGCCUGUGAAUAUCAGAAACUGUGAUUCAGUUCCUUUAUCUCAACUUUUUCGUACUUCAGUAUAAUUCCUCAGGUAUGAGGAUCAUGUAUGACGUUUACUUUCUCAUAACAGCUUCCCUUAAAGAUUGAGGACCUUUACAGGAAGAGGGCAAUUGGUUGUACAUGGUGUCCCUGUUUAGGAAUUUGUCACAUAUGCAAUUGGUUUUUGUUGUCUUUAACAAAAGCCAGAUCAGUUGUUGCUUGGUCAUCCGAGUCUGAAGGCACUGAUCCCAAAUAGUGCUACUUCAAGAUCCUCAUUGCCUCUAGCUAAGAGGACCUUUUCUGUCUCUUUUUCUUUCUCUUGGUUCAUCAAAGAGAAGAUUACUUUUAUAUUGACCAUGUACUUGGUUAAUGUCCCCUUUCUUCAUGUAAUUUGAUAUUUAGUUGUACGCUAGACAGGAACUUAGAAGUAUCAAUUGAAUGUAAACAUGUUUAUGCAGUCACAGGUAACUCCAUUUAACUAGUGUAAUUUCCGCUUGUCAAGCUGCACAUUUCCAAGGUUAAAAGCAUGAUAUCCUACAACUGUUUCCA